CGGUGUAUCGUCCAACAUUUUGGUUGCCUAGUGCUGGUCUUUAAUGAAGAACCACUCAUCUAAAGGAUACCCCUCAACCUCUCAUUUCUCAAAUAUCUUUCGGUGCAAUACAGCUUUGAGCUCGAGUAAGUUUGAAGAUGCGUUUCUCCUCUUUUUGCAUGUUGGGACUGUUGGCUUCCAAGACGCAAGCUGUUCUCUAUGGUGAUGAACAGUUUGGUGACCUUCCAGGCCGAUUCUGGGCGUUUUACUCAGAGGGAAUUGCUGUGAUUGACCCUGAGAGCUGCUCGAUCGAGACGACUAUUACGAAGGAUCAUGAAGGAAAGGCUCUCCCCACGUCCUGGAAUGAUGUUGUAUACAUGCAGUAUGACAAUGAAGGCACUUUGGAAGGCUAUGUGAUGGCAGGAUCUCGCGUGGACUACAGCAAUGAGCUUGGCGAACCUGUUUCAGAUGCCUAUGCCAUCUCCUCAACGGAUCGAAAGGUUGUGGACACCGUUCAAGUCGGACCCCGCGGUGUUCACACGUACGCCGUUUGGACGCAGGACGAGUUUUGGUCUCACUCGGAUGGAGACGGACACUUCUAUGUUGUGCGCCUUUCAGAUUUGUCAAAACACACCCACAAGGUCUCUGCCAAGUCAGAGGUGCCGGCCCAUGGAAAGCUUCUUUGGGACGAGGACCCUGCGACGCUAGGCAACCGCGGAUUCGCAACCAGCACUGGAGAACAGUUUCUCUUUGAAUUGGACAUUGCAACCAAGCAACAGCUUACCAAGUACGACUACUCAAGUGAUUUGAUCCCUGGCUCUGGUUGCCGUGGUCUUCAUGCUAUCGCGUACAGCGCCAUCAACCAGCACCUGUACACUGAAUGCUCUGGAGGUGGAGGUGUUCUUGAAUUUGAUGUAUCCAAUGGCGCCAUUGCCUUUGUCCACCAGCACAACAAUGCCACUGGUGCGCUCUACGAGACUCCCGACGGUUCCUUUGUUGUGGCUUCUAACAAAGGUGGUGACAUGCUUCAUGUCUUUAGUCCCAGUGGAAGUGGAAGCAAAAGCAGCAUCGAAACAGAAAUCCAGGUGCCAGGGCACCCCUCCACUGUAUCCUUUUUGAGCAACGGCAACGCAGGGGCUGGUGACUACAUUGCAUGUUCGCCCCUGACGGAGAACCUCAACCAAAAGCAUCGAAAGGACGGAGAACUCGUUUGCGACUACUAUGUCGGGUGUACUGGCGCGACCACUGCCGAGGAUGUGGAGCACGGCAUCUGUCUGCAUGAUGAUGGAGGCAUGUUAUUGAAAAAAGUCACCGAAGCUCUUACGGCGGAUGACAGCCCUGCCUGUUCCCGCUGCGCCGACAGUGCCAACUUUGAUGAUGACGGGGCAUGUGUCUGCACUCCAAGCUGCGGAUCUUGUGAUCCCGCUCCUACCUAUGAUGACAGCAGCAGUGGAUAUAUGUGUGUGGAUUUGGGUGCAGCCAUUGCGGGUACUGUCACCGAGGCGACGCUUAUUCCGAACACUGGAGGUAUGAAGCAAGGCAAACCCUAUGGCGGUUCUGCUGAUUGCUCCUUCGGUCGCACCUACCGUACACACAAGAGAGGCGGUAUCUAUGACGCUUCUGUAGCCAGUGCACCUGAAAACUCCAUCCAUAUCAUCAACAUGCAAACUCAAAGCAAGCAGUGUGAAGUGGCUUUGCCAGGGCAGCCCAGUAAGGUGACUUAUGCUCCAUUGCAACCUACCAAAUUGGACGCACAAGAAGGAUCCUCCAUGAAAGCGUCAUCUGCAAAGAGGGCCCACUUGUUUUUCAUGAGCUGGAUGAUGGUCACGGUAGGCUCCAUGGUCUUCACGUGGGCUACUUGGUAGACCGACGGGAGUAUUGUUGGAAGCAGGAGCCUGUUCAACGUUAGCAUUAGGAAACGCAAUCAUGAUAGGCAAACGUGAAUGUGAUUGAAUCUUCAAUCCGUAUGAAGAAACUAGUCAGAGAAUCAGGAGAGGAAGCAUUUGGGCUGAUAGAGCUCACUUCCUAGUACAUGUAUGUAGCCAAGACAUCCAAAUAAACAGUGUGGUUUCUUUCUUA